AUGCUUUGGAAGGGAUUGCUGGCCAGCUUGGCUACGUGUUUGGCUUGCGUUGAGGCGGUGUAUCUGGAUUUGAAUGAUACUGCGAGUAUUAAGAAUGCGAGUUCACUGAUUGCGGUUGGGUUGAUGGAUUAUUACACCGGAUUGCAGUAUGGUCAGACGAUCGGGAUGUUUUCUAAUCCGUACUAUUGGUGGGAGGCCGGCGGAGCUUGGGGAUGUAUGCUGGAUUACUGGUAUUUCAUGGAAAACGACACCUACAAUGAGGUUGUGUCUCAGGCUCUGCUGUACCAGGUUGGAGAACACAAGGAUUAUGUGCCGCUGAACCAAUCUACCACGGAAGGUAACGAUGACCAGGCGUUUUGGGGGAUUGCGGCGAUGACCGCAGCUGAGAGAAAUUUCACGAAUCCGCCAGCGCAUCAGCCGCAAUGGCUGUACCUGGCUCAGGCGGUGUUCAACACGAUGGCGCUGCGCUGGGAUAUGAGCUCUUGCAACGGUGGGUUGAGAUGGCAGAUUUUCAUGUGGAAUACUGGUUACGAUUACAAGAACUCUGUGUCGAACGGUGCGCUUUUCCACUUGGCUGCCCGACUGGCGCGGUACACCGGUAACCAAAGCUAUGUAGAUUGGGCCGACAGGGUUUACGACUGGAUGUACGGUGUUGGGCUGAUCAGCAAUGGUACCGACAAGUUUGUUUACGACGGUGUCAACAUCGCUCACAAUUGUUCCGGAAACUUGACGAAAUAUCAGUGGACGUAUAAUCAGGGUUUGAUCCUGAGCGGUUGUGCAUACCUUUACAAUUUCACCAAGGACGAGAAGUGGGGCACCAGAACCUUUGAUUACCUGAACUCAUCUCGCGUUUUCUUUAACAACAGCGUUAUGUUUGAAUCGGCAUGUCAGGGCGCCAACACUUGUAAUACGGAUCAGAGGUCCUUUAAGGCCUAUUUCUCCCGAUUCUUGGGAACUACCGCUCAAUUGAUACCCGAAACGAGGGACCAGAUCAUGACAUGGAUCAACACAUCGGCCCUGGCAGCAGCAGACUCCUGUAGUGGUGGUUACGAUGGGCACACCUGCGGUAUUAAUUGGUUUUACGGUGGCUGGGACUCACAGUACGGCCUUGGUGAACAGAUGUCUGCAUUGGAAAUCAUAGUCAACACGAGAGCUCUGGAUAGACCUCCACCUUAUAACGCGACCAAUGGCGGUUCUUCUGUGGGUGACGGUGCUGCAGGUACGGAGGAAAUCCCGACGAACUUAUCUCCAUUGGACAUAACUGCAGGUUCAAAAGCAGGAGCUGGGAUCAUCACAUGCGUGAUAGGUAUUUCAAUUUUGAGUUGCGCCCUAUGGCUAAUAUUGUGA